GUGCUCCUUGAAAGAGUGGUUUGCCUUUCAAUGGUGGAGCGAGUGUUUCUUUGCCUCCACCGGGAGGAACUGCACGAAAGUCAUGAUCUUUGCAGCAGCGGCCCCAACUAUAGCCUCUUGCAGGACUGGGUCUACAGAAUAGACUGGGCCGAAGCUUUUAAAGUGAUCGACCAGCUUCAUGGAAGACGACCGCAGACAUGGAUGCUUGACUCCAAGAGGCAUGGCUGCAAAGGCUCUCCUACGAGGGCCUUCGACAGAUUGGUGAUGCAACAAAAGGUCCGCGACGUCCUGCAUGAAGUUCUGGCGCAUUUUUGCUGUCGGCAUGAUCCUCGUGCCACGCUGAUGGUUUAUGUGUUCAUCAGUGCUACCCUGGGUUUCAUUGGAGUUCCACUUUUGCACCGACGGGUAAAGCAAGGCUAUUUUCCUCACAAAGGCUUGCAUCACAGUUUGUGUUGGGGAUUGGCUGCCACUGCCGCUUUGCAGGUUGGCGAGUUGGUGAUUGAUCCGAUGGCAGGCAAAGGGGUUGUAUUGCUGGAAGCUGCCGCUUUUUGGCCUAGUUGCCGUUUUCUGGGGCUGGAGCUGGACACGCAGCAGCUUGCAUGCGCCCGAGAAAACCUAGGGUACGCGAGAGACCGCGGAGUUUUGCCCCUGGCGCAGUCCAUCGGCCUUGUGCAAGCGGAUUGCAGCGCAUUGCCAUUGGCGGCAGGUUCUGUGGACGUUGUGCUUUGUGAUCUACCUUACGGGCGGCAGUACGGCACUGAAGCAGUGGCUGGAAUCGCAGAUUGCAAAACAUUACCCGAGUCUGGUGAGUGCGCAAACAGUUCCACGUAG